AUGAUUAAAGCAAUUCUCGUUUUCAAUACGCGUGGUCAAGCGAGAGUAUUGAGAUUUUUCGAGUCCUGUACGACGGAAUUACAACAAAAAUUACUUCGUGAAGCGUUUCAAAUCGUCUCCAAGCGUGAUUUGGAUUCGUGCAACUUCGUCGAAUACAAUGAGAACAAAUUAAUCUAUCGUCAUUAUGCAACGCUUUAUUUCGUAUUCGCUGUUGAUUCAACUGAAUCAGAAUACGAUGUUUUCGAAAUGAUUCAUAUGUUUGUGCAAUGUUUAGAUCANAAAAAUUACUUCGUGAAGCGUUUCAAAUCGUCUCCAAGCGUGAUUUGGAUUCGUGUAACUUCGUCGAAUACAAUGAGAACAAAUUAA